AGCGUUUGCUGUUGAGUGGGGGGCAUCUCUAAUCAUAUCCAGCAUGUUUUGCACAAGAAAUGUCAGCCAGAAAGGGAUAUCUUCUCUCUUCGCCAAAUUAUUCCACAACAAUGUCAUGCUCAGACAGCCCUGCUGCAAACUCGUUUCUGGUAGAUUCCUUGAUCAGUACAGGCAGAGGAGAAGGAGGAGGGGGAAGUUAUUAUUCAAGUAACAGCCUUUACCUGCCUCAAACUUCUGAUGUGCCUUACGGGCUGCAGAAUUCGGGACUUUUACCAGUGUUAAGCAAAAGGAAUGACAACAGCUCUCCAACAAUGCUUCCUGCUUCCCAUUCCUAUAGAUCAGGGAUGGAUGUGUGGCUAGAUACGACGAGAUCCUGUCGAAUGGAUCAACCUGCCAACCAACAGAUUACCGCCUGUUCAUUUACACAAAACAUUAAAGAAGAGGAUUCAUACUGUCUCUAUGAUUCUGAGAAGUGUCCUAAAGGCUCAGCAGCUCAGAACGUGUCUUCGUUUUCAAGGAUGGCAACUGAGGCAUAUUCUUCCAUGAACAACGGCGUUCCAGUGCCAGGGUACUUCCGUUUAUCCCAGGCAUAUGCCACUUCCAAAGGUUACGGCAGUGGGCAUAUUUUCGCACCACAGUUUGCCCCACAAGCCCAAGUUUGUUUUGAUGCGCCUGCACUGAUAUCUCCAGUCCCUGCAGAAACAGAAAAGAAAGAGGAAGACUCGCCAAAUAACUCAGCGUGCUCCUCCCGGGCUGAAGAGGAAGCACAUAGGAAUUCAUCCAUGACAGAAGAUUCUUCCCCAGCACCUUCAGAAAGCAAAAGUUCUCCAGAUAAAGACAACAAAGGACAUUCAAAAGAUGAAAACGCUGGCAACUGGUUAACCGCAAAAAGUGGUCGGAAGAAACGAUGCCCAUACACCAAACACCAAACUCUGGAGCUAGAAAAGGAAUUUCUUUUUAAUAUGUAUCUGACUCGGGAGCGUCGCCUGGAGAUCAGCCGCAGUGUCCACCUAACCGACAGACAAGUCAAAAUCUGGUUCCAAAACCGACGGAUGAAACUCAAGAAAAUGAAUCGCGAGAACAGGAUCCGCGAGCUCACAGCCAACUUCAGUUUUUCCUGAUAACUUUAUGAAUAUCACAAGAGUGACGCUGCCCCUGUAUAACUGAUCCCUUUCAUUCUCUUCCCGUGUUCACUGUUUGUACAUAGUAUGUGUUUCAUACGUGUUCUCGGUUUCUGUUGGUCAUUGUACUGUUUUAUUUAAAUUUCUUAAAGUGACAUUAAAUAUGCUGUAUAUUCACAUGAAACCAGAAACGGACGCCAUUUUCGCAAUACGCGGUCGUUUUGGAAAGAAAUUAUGUGUUAUCACUGACUGGUGCUGAACUGCAGAUUGCACACAUAACUUUGGGGAUAUUAUUGCUAGAUUUUUUAAAAAUAAUGAUAAGUACCCUUCAGAACUAUAUCACACUUGAUAGUGGUAAGUGUAUGUACCUUAGUGCCCACUUGCUAUUUCGUGGACGUUCAACUGCUUGGAUGUGAUAACGGACUGCCUGAAGUACGUGGACUCAAAUGGUUCUAUUUAUACAUAAGAAAAUACCUGUCUGACUUAUCAGGCAUCUGCCUCCAGUUGUGAAAGAAAAGCAUUCUAUGGACCACAAUGGUACUUUUACAUUCAGAAGAAAUAAGGAGGCCAUGGAAUUAGAUCUCGUCAGAGGGGCAAUGUCGUCAUGUAGCUAACUAAGUUGACUAGUAUCUGAUUUUGGCAUUUUUCUGACUGUGCAUAUUUACCAAACUGUUAUGUUCUUAGAUGCCACUAGUAGGCUGUGUGGUUAUGGAUAUGUUUAAUUUUCAAAAGCAUGCCCAUAAAAAAUGACAAUGUCUUAGUUAUUGAACACAUCAUAAGUUUAUAUUAGAAAAAAAAAAAGAGUCUGAAAGCAAAUUCUGCUCUCAGGUAUAGAGACAGGCAGGCAUCUAUCUGAAAUGGUCUCUCUCUCUCUAUCUCUCUCU